AUGGGGAAUAAACAAACCAUCUUUACAGCACAGCAGCUAGAUGCCUAUCAGGACUGCACAUAUUUCACAAGGAAAGAAAUUCUCAGGCUUUUCUACCGUUAUCGGGAUUUGGCACCGCAGCUCGUUCCCCUUGACUACACCAACCACCCAGAUGUGAAGCUACCAUAUGAGCUGAUUGGCGCCAUGCCAGAGCUGAAGGACAACCCAUUCCGUCAGAGGAUCGCUGAGGUUUUCUCAGAGGAUGGAGAGGGAAACAUGACCCUGGACGACUUUCUGGACAUGUUUUCUGUCCUCAGUGAGAUGGCUCCACGUGACCUCAAGGCUUACUAUGCUUUCAAAAUUUAUGAUUUCAACAAUGAUGACUUCAUCUGUAAGUCUGACCUGGAGAAGACCCUGAACAAACUGACCCGUAACGAGCUGACGGAGGACGAGGUGAGGAUGGUGUGUGAGAAAGUGAUCGAUGAGGCUGAUCUGGACAACGAUGGACGACUGUCUCUGGAGGACUUCCAGCACAUGAUUGUUCGAGCACCGGACUUUCUCAGCACCUUCCACAUAAGGAUAUGAAGAAAUUAAGUCAAAAUGUGAACUUC